AUGACCGGAACCCUGAGGUACAGCCUCCGAGUCCUCCACGCCGUAAGCAAAGCCAAUGAACGCGAGCUCCUCAACAUCCAGGCCCGCAGCCCGCAGACUGCAAAUAUAUACCGACGGCUCGGUCUCCGCGGGCGUCUCCACAGCAGCACUGUUCCUCCCUUCCGAAAACAUCGAACAAGCCUUCAAGCUUCCCCACGAAACGUCGUCCACCGAAGCGGAGCUUGUAGCCAUUCACGAAGCAAGCUUGUAUCCUCUCGUCCAUCUGGAAGCUGGACAGUCCUCACAGACAGGAAGUCGGCGCUGGAGGCACUGUCUGCGCCUCGCUCGCAAGUUGUUUCUGACAUCCGCUCACUGAUCCUGAUUGUGCACAACAUCCUCGUCACCUCCGGCCACUGCGUGUGGUACCGGUGGGUGCCAAGCCACAUUGGCUUGCCGGGAAACACACGUGCCGACACAGCAGCGAGGCGCGCUCAUAGCGCAGCUGAGUGCAACACUGUCAUCACGUUAUCACCAUCCGUCUGCCGCAUACACAUCCGCCGGCGCCUUUCCUUCGACACCCGCCUUUUCAUGGAAAGCACUGUCGCAGCCAACACCUUCCUCCACCGCAUUGACCCGAAGAUGGCCUUCAGUGUGUCGCUACGACUGUCUCGAAAGGAAGAGUCAGCUCUCCAUCGUCUUCGCCUGAAUGUUGCCCGUACUCCAUCGUUCCUGUUCAAGAUCAAACAGCGUCCCUCUUCGGCGUGCCCCUCCUGCUCCACCGACGCCGACACCCAUCAUUUACUCUUGACCUGCCCAAGAUAUGCCGCUUCUCGGACCGCACUCACGCACCGCCUAUCUGCCCUGGGGCACAGAGACCUCUCUUUGGCCACCCUACUGGGCCCCGUGGGGCAGAAGCAACGGGCUGUUACCAGAGCGCUAAUAUGCUUCCUGGGUGACUCUGGACUCCUGGAGUGCCUCUGA